UUAAAAAAUGUCCAGUGAAUUCUCUCUUUCAAUUUCCUUCCACUUCUCUUCGAGUCUGCUCCCAGUUCCUUACAAAAUCCCCAAUCCGGUCAUGCUUCCGAUGACCCGACCCGUCAAACCCCGAACCGUAUAGGGCCGCUAUCUUCCUUUUGCAGCAUCCAUAGCUCUUUCUGCAACAACAAUGUCGCAAAACCUCCUCACAGCCUCAAACUCUCAUUGUCGGGUCGGAAGCUUUAGCCGCUACCCGCAAACUCGUUUGGAGAAAUCCAGAAGAAUCUCCCUUUCCCUCAAACCCUUUACCCUGCGAAUCCAACCUCCUAGAACCCAUUUUCCCAAUUUGGAUUUUCUUAAGACCCGCCAAAGGUACGUCGUUAGGGCAUUCGAAUUGGAAGCAACCGAGAAAACUGUGCCCGAUAAAAGAUUUGAUUUUGAUACUUUCUUAUCAGUUCUUGAAUUCCUGUGCUUGGCCUCCUCGGCGGCUGCGUCAAUUGCAGUUGCGGUGAAUUCUUGGGUUUUCCGGCAGCAGAACUGGGUCGGGUUCCGGUUUCUGGUAGCACAGUGCGCAGUACUGGCAGGUGGAAUGCUGAUCGGCGCAGUAAUUAGGAGGCGGCAGUGGCGGAGGAUUUGUAACGUUGACUUUUCGAAGUCCAGUAAGGGUUCGGAGGGGUUUAAUUUUGUAGAGAGGAUUGAGAAGUUGGAAGAAGAAUCCAGGGGUUCCAUGAAGAUAAUUCGGGUGUUAUCAAGGCAGCUUGAAAAGCUAGGGACUCGUUUUCGGAUUAAAAUGAGGAGUUUGAAGGAUCCUAUUAUGGAGACUGCUGCAUUGGCCCAGAAAAACUCUGAGGCUACAAGAGCAUUGGCAGUGGAAGGGGAAACUCUUGAGAAAGAGUUUGUUGAAAUACAAAACAUCCUACUGGCAAUGCAAGACCAACAACAGAAGCAACUUGAACUUAUUCUUGCAAUUGGGAAAAUUAGCAAGUCAAGGGAUAUUGACAUGAAAGGACCCUGUCAAGAUCAUAGCCAAAGUCAAGAUGCACCACCUAACACAACGAAUUCAGCUGUCGAGGAAGUUCCCGAUAUGAUACUAAACUAAAAUGCAAAGUUUGAGUGGGAAGAAUGAAUCUACAAAUAUGGAGGGAGGGCUCUUGAUUCUAAGAGGCAGAGAUGAUAAAAGUUGAUAGGUGUGCUUCGGUAAAGGUUGAAGCCAGGUACUAAUACUUUAAAGCCAAUUGAAGUCAUUGGAUUUGGCAUAUGAAGAUUGACCCAAUUUGUGAGUUGAAGAGGGACAGAUGGAAAUAAACCGGAAAGGAAAACUGAAAGAAAGCACUGAUUUUAGUUUUGGAUAUAUGGAUGGAUUACACUAUAUUGGAGAAAUUUUAUUUUUGUUAUUAUUGUGGGAAGCAUUGAUUGUUAUAUUUUCUAGAGUUGACAGUUUCAGAAGAAAUGAGGAAGACUCUCAUUUGUGUGUUCUCCAGUGUCCAUAUUUUGCUCUCUGUGUCUUGAUAUUUUAUUCAUUAAAAUGAAAAGAGCUUUUCGAUUAUGUCAGUGGAGGUUGCGACGGCAGGGCAUCUCGCGUGAAACUUUGCCUGUA